UCUCUCUGGAAUUUGGAAGACUCCCUCUCGAUCCACUUUCCACCUGGCAAGACUUGCAUAGUGGGCCAUCUGAAAAAAGGGAUGUGAAACACUUCCUUCAUCUCCUGACAGUGCUUUAAGGGAUGAAGGCACACUUGUAAAGAGCUGAGAAGAAAGAUAAGAGAGGGAGACCAUCUACACAGAUUGGUGUCCUGGAAUAAUGCUGGAAAUGCAGUAGCCUCCUGCCUCCAGACUCUUCAGGUCACAGAAACUUUCUGACUCUAAAUCUCAGGGCAGUCUCUUAAAGUUUGUUUGCUCAAAUUGCAACAGGUUUACUUCAUAAAAAAUGAAUGGAUUGCUAAUGAGAUUUCUUUUGGCAGAUCUCUCAGAUCUCUGGAAUACAUCUCAUGUUUGUGUGUGAGUAUGUGUAUGUGUCUCAUUUGUCCAUCCAUGUGUGAGUCACACUAAGCAAGGUUUUGGAUGCAGGGGUUGAACUGAGCUGAUUAUGUAUCUCACUUGUGUGUUUUGUAAGCAAAACUGAGGCAGAGUCUCAAGAGUAGCUCUGUCUUGAGUUGUCAGUUAACCUGCUGUUCUGAGGAACCUCAGAUGAUGCUCCAAGCUGGUCUUAUUUAGUGGUGUUUUUCACUUGCCUUUGAAAUUGGUUGACUACACAUGAAGCAGCUGAGUAUAGGCUGAUUCAUGUCCUCCCCCUCAGUGGAAAUUUUAGCACUCCCCUGAAGUUUUUUGCCCCCACAGACCAAAUUGUGAAAGAAAUUACAUGACUCGUUUUCCAACAGGCUCAAAGUUAGCCACCAACACAUCCAAUCGAUAACAAUGUGCUUUUCUCAUUGAAGGCAAGGGAAGUUUCCAAUAGCUGUUUCUACAAGGUCCAGUCUUGCAAAGUUUAUUCUCUUUGUGGAUAAAAAAAGCACUGCACCUGUCCUGUGGUAGGUACCUACUGGCUCGGGAUUUGAGUGCUCUUGUAACACUGCAAAAUACAUCUAUUGAAUAAGAAAAUUGAAGAAGAAAAUCCUGCAGUGCUUUCUGAAGUUGAAAUGAAUUUGCAAAGAAAAAUCUAGAGACAUUACCAGAUGUAUGAAAAUAGAUGUUAUGAUAAAAAUAUGUAAGUUCCCAUUUGGAAAGCCUUCUUCAGCAGCAGGCAGUAGUUACAUUGCUCAGAUGGUCCAUGCUCAAAGGAACCUGUUUCACUGCACUUGUGCUGAAUUGUGAAUAUGUUUUUGUUCUUAGACUUUCAGAACAAGCAGGAGCAAUUCAGUUUCUUUUUUUUUUGGAGAAGAAGUGAGAAGUAUCUCAAGAAAAUGACUCUGAUGAUUUUUUUGGUAAUGUUGAUCAUGGAAUCUGCCACUGAGAAGCUGUGCCCCCUUCGUGCCUCCAUUGAUGUUCUAGAAGGGGAAUAUUUUUUCCUUUGUUAUCUUGAGUCAAGGCAAGAACAUUUUCAGGAAGAAGCAUACACAGUAAACUGGUACAAAGAAAGUGCUGGAAAGCAGCAGCUGAUAAAGGAAACACGCAGAAUUGUUUCACAAAUGAAUUUUCUGGAGUUUUGGCCAGCUGAACUCAGUGACUCUGGGAAUUACUCUGUCAUUCACAGCAAUGGAAAAAGAAAUUUCACAGUUCAAAAGUGGACCUUGAAUGUACUUGAAAGAAAUAAAAGCAGCUGUUUCAAUGAAAAUCAUUUAACUACAGAAAUUAAAAGUGCUGGAAUUGGUCAUUCACUGAAAUGCAGUGAUUUGUCUGUCAAUGAAAAUGACAGCAUAACAUGGUACAAGGACUGUAAGAAGUAUGAACAUGAAACAGAGAGGGAAGUAAAUUUUAGAGCCUUAACAGUACAGAACUCUGGGAUAUAUACCUGUAAAAUUUUAAUCAGUCAUGAAGGAACAAUUUACUACAGCACAAAUACAAUCAAACUUGUAGUAGAAGAAGAUGCACCAGAGGCUUUCUCUUUGGAGAUAGUUGGACAUCAUGAAGAAAUUGAAACAGAAAUAGGUAAAGAAAAGAUACUCAAUUGCACAGGUUUCUUGGGUUAUUAUAUGCAAGAAGAUGCCAGCCUCUACUGGUUAAUUAACCAAACGUUUCCAGAACAAUGCACAGAUAUCCCUGAGAAUGAACCUUCAAUAUGUGAAGAAGAACUCAAAAAAUUACAGUUGGGAAACAAGUUCUAUAUCACAAGGCUACUACGGAUUAAAAAAGUAAGAGAUGAGGACAUGCAUCAUAAUUUCACCUGCAUGUUGCAAGCUGAUGAAAGCACACAGAUGAAAAUAGUAAAACUGAAAAAAGGGAAGACUCAAGACCUGCCUGUGCACAUAUUUACUACUGGAAUGGUCCUUGCUCUGCUAUUUCCUUUUGUUGCUGUAGCUGUGGUGUUUGUGUUUGUGAUGUUUAGGGUCGACUUCGUUCUGUUUUACAGAAGUAUAUGCAGGAGAGAUGAUACUGCUGGAGAUGGAAAAGAAUAUGAUGCAUUUGUGUCUUACCUGAAAGACUGUGUUUCUCCUAUUGAAGAAGAGAGAGAAUUUGCUUUGAAGAUAUUGCCCAUGAUACUAGAAGAAAACUUUGGGUACAAGUUAUGUAUAUUUGAGAGGGAUGUAUUCGCUGGAGGAGCAUUUGUUGAUGAUAUCCAUUCAUUCAUUGAUAAAAGCAGAAGACUAAUUAUUAUACUGAGCCAGAACUACAUUUCUGACAGAGCCAUAUAUGAACUUGAGAGUGGACUGCAUAAAGCUCUAGUUGAAAGAAAAACUAAGAUCAUAUUAAUUGAAUAUACACCUAUAAGAGACUACAAUUUCUUGCCAGAAUCACUGUCACUUUUACCAUCAAAGAGGGUGGUGAAGUGGAAAAAAGAUAAAUCUCUUCCUGUGAAUUCCAGAUUUUGGAAGAACCUUCGGUACCUGAUGCCAGCAAAGCCUAUCAAGAUAAAGACCACAGGGCACUAUAAUAAUCUUGAUUUAGGCUCAAAAACUGCCUAACCCUGGACUGAGGGCUGUGACUUUAAUGCAAUCGUGUAACAAUUCUGGAGACAGAAGAUGUAGCAGAAAACUGUAUGUUUUGCUAACUAAUAGAACUAAAUAAACUAAUAUUUUGGAAAAUAGUGUUGAUUAAGAGGCCAGCUCUGAGACCUAAGAAGAAUGCAGAAGUUACUGCAGGGGCCAGGAUUAUGUCAAUCCCAAUUGCUAAAUCUAUCCCAGAGAAGGUUUCCUCAGAAGCUGCACAAACAGAAGUUUCAUUCUGCUUACGACUUACCAACACGGUAUGAAGCACAACGAAAAAUAUUUUUAUUUUUCAGUGAUGUAGAAUGAUACUAGUUUUACUUGCAUAUAAUUUUUAGGCUCUUCAAUAAAUAAAUCAGUACUUGCAAUCUCUUAUUGUUAUUUAGAUGCUCUUUGCUUUGUAUUUUGAUAUUUUCUUAGGAUUCUGAUUUUAAGCAGAUCCAAACAACUCCUGCCUUAAAGAGCUUGGCAUGCAGGCUUUGUGCAAUAACAAGUAGAAAAAACCCCAAACCAAUAGAGAAAAGGGAGGUUAGAAAGACUAGAGCAGUUUUAGGUGUUUUAACAGUAUUUGCUACUGAACUGUACAUGGUCUACAACUGGGAAUCAUUCAAAGGAAUGGUAAAGACUGUUUACAUCCUAUUUCACUAGAGAAGAUUGCAAAUGCUCAUUUUGAUAGGGAGAAGAGGGGAUUGGGAUAGAAAUAAUGGUGUUUUGUUUCUGAAUUCUGAUACCACAGUGGAACCAAUUGCCCAGAGAAGGUGCGGAGUCUCCCUUACUGGAGAUAUUCAGGAACUGACUGGACACAAUCCUGAGCCAUAUGCUCUGGGAUGACCCUGCUAGAGCAGGGAGGUUGGACCAGAUGUCCCACUGUGGUCCCUUCCAACCUGACCUGUUCUGUGAUUAUGUGAUUCAGUGAUACCCUGAGCUGCCUUCAGCUGUUGCAUGUAGGGGAUUUAGGUAAAAAUGAGAUAUUUGGUGUGUAUAUACACUCCUAACCCUUCGUAACUCUUGUCUUAAUAUUAUUUUUUUAAAACAAAGUUAGUAGUGCUAUUCAAAGCUAUGCUAAUCCUCCCUUAUCCUCCCAGCUGUCUGACAGAAGAUACCUAUCUGACAUGAAUUCCUGGAUACAAUGGAACCAUAUUUCCUCCUCGCAUCAGUGGGGAGAAGUCAAGGGAGAAUAAUUUUGGAAGAUCUUUUGUCAGGUUGCUAGGAGAUCAUCAAGGCUCUUCUCACUCUUGCAAUUAUCUUGCACGCCAUAACUGCUGGUUUUGGGAAGGCAUCUCUCUUGCACUGAAACUUAAUUCACACAUGAAGGAGCGGCAUUACCUUCUCAGUGCACUUGAAAACAUAGUUGGAGCGUUAGGUGUCAUGACAAUGUCUCAAGUUUCAUAGGAAUGAAAUGUUGUUUGUCAAAUAUCCUUUAACCAUGUUUCUGGAAGAUGUUUAGGUAAAAGAAAAGGCUAAGUAUAGAUUUCCAAAAUGGAGACAAAGCUGUUGCCAGGUUAACAGGUAGGUGGAAAGGAACAAAAGCAAACAUCUGUAGUGACUUCAGAUCAGCUAUAGGAGGUCUCCUUCUAUCAGACAACUAAAGGGCUAUGUAAAUGUGGUCAUAGGCAACAGCCCUUCUCUGGUGUAAGCUUUUACUGAAGAGGAUUUCUCCUCUGCAGAUGUGUGCCUUUACAUUUCCAAAUUUCAAAUCUUUCGCAAUGUUCAGUUUUUCUGUGCUAGUGUUUCCUGUGUUUUCUAGUCACAGAUAAUUUUUAAUAUUCUCUGUCAGCACAGAAAUGCCAUCAGAUGUACUAGGCACACCCAUUUUCUGACCAAAUAUCUUACAGAAGUGUUAGUAACUCUCCCAAUAGUUAACUGAGGUAUUAAACUUUCUCCUCAGCCAUGUAGUUUUUCAUAUACUGUCAUCAGUGUAUUGCCUAACAGAUUAAAGGUCAAAUGGGUUUCACUAAUCAUGUGACUAUGGACAGUGCACUUGGUUUGUGAAUAGCUCUGGACCAAGCCUACCUUCUAUGAUAAUCAGCUACUAUAAAUUGAAAUUGAAUUUGGCAUGGAUGCCCCCUCACGUCAGCUUGGAGAGACAAUGUGACUGCAUAUAGCUGUGACACCUUGUGAAAAUGUACCCUGAAGCCUGUGACAUCAUACAGAAUUUGACUGCCCUGAGAUUUCACAGAAUAACAGAGGGUUAUACAUAAAUAAGGUUGAAAGCUAAAUGGCAUUAAUUCCCAAGUUGUUUGAAUGCCAGCAAAGCAGACAUGCUUUGAAUGACUCAACAUUUGUAAAAGGGGAAAUAUUUUUGCGCAGAAAGGUAUCAUGACACAGUCACUGCAGAGAUGAUCCUCACUGUCCAUGAUGCAGUGGUAAAGGAGGACAAGGGAAAUUAAGGAUAUGCAUACUCCUACUAAGGCCAGAUGUUGUUCUUACUGCUCUUAUAUCCUGAAUUACUGACAUUAAUCAGACCUUGGAAAUGCCUGCUCUUUGUUUGUCUGUCCAUAGAGAAAAGGAACUGCUACUAUUACUUUUAUAGACUGUAGUUGUGAUGAUUUGCCUGAUCAUGUAUAUGUCAAUGCCUACGUGAAUUUGCAUGAUAGUUGGUUUGAGGUAAUGGGUCAUUUGGUUGGAGGUAAUGGGUUAUUUCAGUGAUUUAUACUGUAGGUUUUGUUCACUUUUGCGCUUAAUAAAACUAUAUUUCUCCUUCUUCACA